CGACGUGUUUUGAAACCCCCUCCCUUAGUCUUGUUUCCCUUCCUUACACUUCUCGUAUUAUACAUCACUAUCAUCAUGUCUGCAUCGCCUAACUCUGAAAACGUUGUCAUCAACCCUCCCACUGACGACGAAUCCCGUGAUCUUGCCAUGGAAUUCGCCCAGCGUAUGGUCGUCAACAGCAGCGGCGCCACCACUCCUUCCAAGCCCCAAAUCUCGCCCUCUGUCCAGAAGGAUUAUGCACUUUUGCGCGAUCCCGCAUACCACAACAAGCGUUUGGAACAGAUCCGUCAAAAGAAGGGUUAUAUCAUUGAUAUGGAUGGUGUCAUCUACCACGGUACCAAGCUUUUGCCUGGCGCAAAGGAAUUGGUCGACUUCUUGCACAAGAACAACAAGCGUUUCCUCUUCUUGACCAACAACUCGGCCCCCACUCCCCGUGAGUUGCAGCAGAAGCUUGGCCGUCUCGGCAUUGAGGUCACUGAGGACCACUUCUUCACUGCUGGUCAGGCUACCGCUGAGUUCUUGCACUCGCAGAUGCCCGAGGGUGGCACCUGCUACACCAUUGGUGAGCCCGGUCUCGCCUACGCUCUCUACGAAAAGGGCUUCUUCAUGAACGACCACAACCCCGACUACGUCGUCUUGGGUGAAGGUUCCUCAUACAACUACGAGCGCUUGACCAAGGCAGUGCAGUUGGUCGGCCAAGGUGCCAAAUUGAUUGCCACUAACCUCGAUGUCGAGAACUUGGACUCCAAGGGCAACAAGAUCCCUUCGUGCGGUGCUUUCGCUGCCUGCGUUGAAGUCAUCACCAAGACCAAGGCCUUCUUCUGUGGCAAGCCUUCUGCCUUGAUCAUGCGCUACGCUCAGCGUGUCUUGGGUCUCAGCCGUUCUGAGACGUGUAUCAUCGGUGACCGUAUGGAUACCGACAUUGCUGCUGGUAUCAGCUCCGAAAUCGACCCCGUCUUGGUCUUGUCUGGUGUCACUGCCAUGGAGGAUCUCUCCCAGUUCGCUUACCGUCCCUACGUCAUCUUGGGUGGUGUCUACGAAAUCCCCAACGACGAUUCUAAGCACACCAUUUCCGUUCAAGAAAUGGAGGAUGCUAGCCGUCGCGCUUCCUACCUUUAAAUUAGUUCCCUAAUCAUAUGUUUAGAAAAAAAAGUUCAUCUCCCUUUUUACCAUUUCACAAAGCACAGUAUCUCCUUACCUCCCAUACAUCCUCCUCAUCUAUUCGCACUUGUAUAUAUAGCUUACAUCUCAUUUAAACAAUGAAGCAUACCGUUUUAUAUGAGUGAUUUUUC